AUGGACCGCCUAGAUCAGCCGCUCUCGUCUGCGCCUUCGGGUCCGCGUAGAUCAGGCGCUGGAAGCCGCAACUCUCCUUACAACCGAUCAUCGAGGUCCUCUGCGGCGGACAGCGCAGGCUCUUGGCAGCAUGACCGGUAUCAGGACAAUGACGGACAGCGUCGUGGUCCACGGAACGGCUCUUCUCGUUCCCCCAUGUUCUUCCCGCAAGACAAGUCGGAAGUCAACGAAGUCAAGCCCACUGGCAAGCUGACCAUCGAGAAUCUCCACUACGACGUCUCUGAGCGCGAGCUCAAGGAUCUCUUCGGCUCGAUCGGUCCCGUAGCCAAAGCCUACAUCAAGUAUGACCGCAGCGAUCGGUCCACUGGAGUGGCAGUCGUCAUCUACGACAACCCGAAUCACGCUUUGCAAGCCAAGAACGAGUUUGACGGUGCCAAAGCCAAGGGUCAGGUCAUCAGCAUCACACAAGAGAUGCGUGCGGAGCGACCAAAGGGAGUUCAGGCUGGCCAACGCUCGCUCUUGUCCCGCUUCGACCUUUCUUCGAGGAUGAAAGGUGAUGGAGCCGAGACAAACGGAGCAAACAGCUUUGCGGACCGUCUUGGUCCGGUGCGCAAUGGAGGUCGCGGUGAUCAACGCCAGCCGAAUGGCAGGCAGGUAGCACAGCCUCGAAAUGCUCCUGCCAAACGCGAGAAGCGUAAACCCGUCACAGCAGCCGACUUGGACGCCGAGCUCGAGGCUUUCAUGAAUACGCCUUCCGUCAAGCCGACCGCGGCGAACGGUGCCAGUGUUUCCACCAUGCAAGCCACUCAGACAGCCUCGAUUGGUCAAGAUGUUGAGAUGUCCUAG